CUCCAAAUUUGAAAACAUCGUGUUCUGAAUUUUAGAAAAAAAAAUAUUAAAAACUAUGUUGUGCUGAAAAAAAGCGAGGCGUUUUAGUUUUUUCUUUUUUAAAUGUGAAUGUGAAGAAAAAAUUCUAUAUUGAAACAUAAAAUACCUGCUGUUCUAACUUGUUUUGAAAGACAUUUCAAGUGCAUUUGUUACGAAGGGAUUUUUUGAAUUUCGAAACAAGAUUGGAUGUGAAAAGUGGAAAACGCCCGGAAGAACGGGUUGACUCUCCCUUUACUGCUUCCGCGACAGAUUAAAGAUGACUGUGAAGAAGGCCCGCAGUGGAGGCCUAGCCUCCAUUGUGGCCCGACAGAAGCUCCACAACACCAAUCAGCAGUUGGACAUCAUGACGAUCACCAAACCAAUCCUCACUAGUUUCAACAUCAUCGUUGGCUUCAACGAGAAAGAUCAACUCCAACUCCUCACGAAAGAGGAUAACACAGAAGAAGUAAAACAGAAACUCAUUAAAGAUUUCACAGAAAUCCAACCGAGCAAAUGUGAGAAUAUAGCCAUAGACGACAUAUCCAAUUGUGUCAACAUCGAACACUAUCCGAAUUGUGACAACACUCUAGUCUUCUACGUAACCAAAAACAUGAUCAAAGAAGCGAUAGCUUUGAAAUUUGAGAACGAGCAAGACUUCAAGAGAAUAUACUUCACGUAUAAAUAUUUCAAAAUGCGUAACCGUCUUACAAACAACACUAACAAUUACGCGAGCAGCGAAAGUCUUUUCUCCAAGAAGAAGAACUACGAGCUGUUCAAUAAAAAUAGGAAGAACAGCGUUGACGAUUACAGUCUUUACGAUAAAGGUAGAGAGUAUGAUUUGAUGCAAACAACUGAUAACGAUGGAAUAACGCAUAUAUCUGUUCAGCAAAAAGGUUUAGGAUCUCGUUUCGAUCAACCAAUGAGUUUGAUCGGUAUCAGAACCGAAGGUAAUGAUGUCGGGGAAAUAGAUAGCAUUAUUUAUACAGACAAAGAUGUUCCAGCUAAGCCGGAGAGGAAAAGACUGUUUAAGAAAACUAGGGCGCCACCACCGCCUCCUUUAGCGACUAAAGACAAUCAAUCUAAGGUUUUGAAGGGGGAAUUCGUUAGAGUGAACGUAGAUAGAGCACCAGAUGUAGUUCCGAGGGACAGGCAGCUGAACAAAGUUCCUGACAUCCUGAUAUUCAGAGAUAAUAGACCGAAAAGGGGUAGUCCAACGAGUAAUCUUUGGUCGGUGAGCAAUAAAGUAUCCACCGGCUACGAGUCUGACCGCGAAGAAUGGAAGACGAGCCGCUCUCAAUUCUCGACGACAGCGUUCGACAGCCUGGCCCGCCCCACCAAGAUAGCAAUGGCGCUUACCCUCAAAAAGCCGCAAAGAAUCGACCCAAUUCCCCAAUACUACCGUCUACCUAGUGAACCGAAAUCGAAACCAGCUCCUAUCCCUUUCAGGCCUAACAACUUCCUCCAAAGACCGCCUAGACUCCCGCGUCCGAAUCCAGAAAUAAAGAGGAACUUCCUCAAUACUGACCAUAGAAAAUUCACUUCGCUGCAAAGCUUAGAAAUACCGAAGAAAUUAAGCGAACCGAAGAGGCAGAACGACGUCAAGAAGACAAACUAUUCGAACAUAUCCAAUAGGAUAACAGGAUUGACCAAUAAGCUAAGGGAUUUAGGUACUCCUAGCAACACGAUAGGGAGGUUUAAGGCGCAAUCACACGGUGAUGUUGCAAAUUUAAAACCUGUUUUAAAAACGAACGUACAUGAUGGCACAAAGCGUUCUGUAGUCAGGACUUGUAGUGCGGAACCACCAAAGAAAGUUACUUUUAGCGCAUUCGCUACCGUACAAGUUGUAUAAUAUGGUAUUUUCGAUUCAGUCACGCCAUUUUGUAUACUUUAGGUAUAGCUUAGGAUUGAAGACUAAUUCUGCAACCUCUAUCCUUUAAAUUGAAAUUGAAGAUCGCUGUUCUAAUCGGACCAUAAUCUGUAUAUUUCUCAUUGUCUCUGAGAGCUGAAGAUUCAAAGCUUCUAUUUUAAACUUUAUGUAACCCUGAUUAACCCAUACAGUGUUAUUAAUAAACAAGUUUUAGUGUUGGAGUAAAUUUACGCUGAGACUGCACUUAGUAUUAGUCAAAAUUCAUAUUAUUGAACAGACUUGGCAAAGGUUAACCUAAUACGAGGUUCUACGUAAUAUUUACUCCCAGGUAGUAUGUUUGCUAUUCUCUCUAUAAUAUGAAUUUGGACUGAUACUAAAAUUGCGAUUACAGCGUAAAUUUACUCUGACGCUAAACUUUGUUUAUUGAUAGCCUGUAGUGUCUAGUGUAUUAUAUACACAUCUUUUGAAGAAUGAGAAAGACUUACGACCGAUCCUGGUGAAGUUUUCUAAAUAUUGUUGUUAGAUAGCGUAUGGUAUGUCGAUUUUUUAAUUUCAUUAUUUAAUAAUUAUGACAGUUACACCUAUAUCGUUAGUUUUUUACUGAGUAUAAAAAUAUUAAAGGCUUGUUUCACAUCUUCAAAUUUAAAAAUGAUUUGCUAGAAUCGUUAUCACAUUUUUCAUAAGUAGGAACAGAAUUGCUAUGAAAAUAUCACAGCCAGUGAAAUUUUUAGGUGUUGUAAAAAAUGAUAAAUUUGUUGGGACUGAAUGUAUCGUAAGGAUUGAUUAGUCAUAGUAAACAAAGUAGGCCGGGUCUGUGUAAAUAAUUCUUUAAAAUCUUAAAAAGUUCUUAUUUGUAUAUAAUAAAGGACUAAAACUGUCUUUAUUUUAUUAAAUUAUGUAUAUGUAAUAAAAUAAUUGCACAAUAAAAUUAUGAUUAUGACACACAUUUUAAGAGAAUAUAAUAAAAAUCUUAUUUUUUUUGUUUUUAUGUUAGUAUUUAUUUAGAAUUUGAUUAUAUUAACCCUAUUAUUUUUUUAUUCUUAAAUUAUUUGCUUGCAAUAAAUAUCCCUUUUCUAUGGGGUUCGCAUUAAAAUUUUGUCAAUAAUCCGUCCAUAUUAUUUACUUACAUCACAUAAAAGAUGAUCCAUGCUAAAUAUUUUAAUUUUGAUAUUUUUUAUUCUGAUCUGACAGUCGGAACUAAUUCUCUUACGAGUUUCACUUGUACCAGCAAAAAUUAACAACUGAAAAACGAAUAAAUAAUAGAACCUAUGAAGAUUUUCAAAACUUAAAUGAUAAGAAUUAAAGAUGUUUUUAGAACGUACAUAUUUCUAGAAUUCCAUGGAUUUCAUUCUUCGUUAGAGAUUUUUUUUAAAAUAAUAUUUAUAACCUAAAAUUUUUGUAUUCUUAAAUUACAGGCACUGCUGGUACAGGAAUCGAAUGAUUAGGGUACUGACACCUAGGAGUGAACAUGAAAUGCCACCAAUCUUUGUGAGAGAUUGUUGUCGGUCAGUUUCAGAUAAAAAUACAUAAAAAAUAAAACAGUUCCAUGUUAACAUUAUGAAAGUUAUAAUUGUUAAUUUUAACAAUUAUACGAUAGGAAUAAAUUGUUUCCUAAUCAAAUAGAUUUAGUUACGCUUUUUUAUGUCGAUUUUAGAUUUCUAAAUGUUUUCUAGUCGACGAAUAUAUUUUUUUUAUUAAUGUAGACUAUUUUUUUAAAUACCUAAUAUAUAAAUUCAACAUACAACGUUUCGUUUUCAGUAUAUUACUUCUAGAUUUUACUAUGCACAUUAUUGUUAAUUCUAAGUAUUGUUUAAUAUAUAUUUCUUAAUUUUAAUAAUUUAUGCUUUCAAAGAUUUAGUAGAUUAUUAAAACAAGUCACUUUAGAUAGUUUAGAUUUGGUCUACGUAUAUUUUGUCUAUAGUACCUACCUAUAUCUAAUUUUGUUAAGCUCACACAACUCAAGCGAUGGUUAUAAAAAAGUAAUGACCAACAUCUUAUUAGAUAUCACUGUAUUUUUUUUAUUUAUUUUAUUUUGCUGUUGGUAGAAAUAUAAGUAUUUUAUAGACUAGCUUCUUUUGCGGCACCACUUCUAUAAAAAGUCUAUAUUCAUUCGGAGUUAACUUUCAUACAGUAAAAUCUUUUCUUUUCUUUUUUGAAGACCUGGGGCGCGAUCGCCUAACUCAUGGACAUAGCCGUAGUCGUAGCUAUAACCUACGCUUUAUAGGUUUUACACAUCUGUUGAUAUUGUUUUAAAAUUAAUCAUUUUUUAUUAUUUACAUAUUUUAUCAAACAUUUUGGUUUGUUCGCACCCCAGUCCUGCGAUUCUGUAAAAAUCGAAACCCGAAUUAGAAAUUUUCUCAGGUGUUCGAAUUUACUUCAAAAAGCGGCAUCCGCUCAAUCUUGAAUUGAUAAUAACGUUUCUUAGCAUGAGUGAAGUGAGUUUCGAAAUGAUAAAGGAAUAGAAUAUUAUCUAUAAGUCUGAGACGCUAUUAUCUAUCAGUUUUGUUUUGUAUUUUUAUACAAAAAAUGGAAUCAAUAGAAUUUCUUCAUUGACGUGAAUUCAGACACAUGAGUAAAUUCGAAUUUGGAUUUUUACGGAAUUGUCCUGCAGAGUCUGCAGUUUCGAAUGUUACUGUUACCCAUCGCUCUGUUUUCAUCCUAUUACCAAGUUUUGAUAUUACUGUUAAAAAUAUCUAGAUACAUUGUGAUAAUAUGAUGUUUUCUAAAAGUUGAAUUUAUUUAGUUUAUACAGUUCACAGUGUUUUACUAAGUUCAAUAUGUAGGUAUUUUUGAACUUAGUAAAACACUGUAUAUUUGUGACCUAAAUUGUGGGUUGAAAUUUCAACGGCAUUCAUACAUAUGAUUGAACUCUGUUAUUACAUUAAAACCUUUCAUUGGAUUGUAAAUAAAUACUUAAUGUAACUAGACAUAAAAAUUUGUUUGCUUAUUUAGUUAAUUGUUAUGUAAUGUCAAUAUGAUGUGAUUGGUGUACUUAAAUUCUUGUUCGAUAUUAGUUGUUUGAAAAAUAAUAAAAUAAUUGUUAGUAUAAAUACUUGUUUAAUUACUUACGUUUCACCAGACGAACUUUAUUAACCUUCGACAUUAACCUAAAAUGCAAAUACAUUAUUUUUGAGUAGUAGUAAUUUCACGGACUUUAUUGAAUAGUAGUUGUUUGCCUUCAACUUCACCCGCGUAAAUUGUCGCUUCCCGUGACAUGAUCGGAUCGCAUUACUAAAUAAAACCACUCUUAAAAUAAAAAAAGGAACCUACCUCUUUAUAAUAUUAGAAUAAAAAGAUUAUUGAAUAUAAAUAAUUCUUCGUGAGACCGGGAAGAAAAUCUGGUUUUAUUUUCCUCAUUACACAAAAAAAGAAAAUGACAUAUUUACACCAGAACGUACUAAAGGCGUCCUUAUUGCUAGACAGCGAUUUUUUCCAGGCAACCUUGCAUUGGAUGAAAAAAAAACAACGAUUUCAAUCAUUCAAAACAAAACGGAAGAACAGUUGUAACAGCGAAGUAUCACUUAA